UCCGCACAUUACGUCACGUUAAACGUCGUAAAAUGCGGAAGUGCUUCUUGUUUUGAUUCUCCAAGCACUUAGUUUUACCCUUUUUUCAGAAUAAUAACGAUCAUAGUCAUCACGGAGGGAGCGAGAUCUAUUCUGGCACGGCAUGACAAUGUUCGGGAAGUCUUCGGGUUAUGAGUAUCAGUUUCUGUCGCAGAGAGAUAAACUGUACAGUGAUGGUCCUGGACUGUUUUCAUCAAAUGCUGAAUUCACUCAAAAUCAUUAUGAUCAGAGAGGACAUUCAUUCGAUUAUGUCCCUAAAGUCUCUCAAAACGACUUCACAGAUAAAUCUCAAGGAUUGUUGUCCUGGAUUUGCAAUCUGAUCGUUACAUCCCUGGUUUUUCUAGUUACUUUCAUAACUUUCCCCAUAUCUGGAUGGUUUGUCCUAAAGUAUUAUUUUCAGGUUGUACCAAACUAUGAGAGGAUAGUUGUUUUUCGUCUGGGCCGGAUCCGUCCUCCUAAAGGUCCAGGAGUGGUUCUGGUUCUGCCCUUGAUUGAUCAGUGGCAGAGAGUUGACCUGCGGACCAGAGCCUUUAACGUCCCACCAUGCAAGGUAAGCACCAAAGACGGUGGUCUGGUGUCGGUUGGAGCGGAUAUCCAGUUCCGGAUCUGGAGUCCGGUGAUGUCAGUGGUGGCCGUGCAGGAUCUGAACGCCUCCACCCGUCUCACUGCACAGAAUGCAAUGAUGCAGACCUUGAGCAAAAAGACCCUGAGAGAGAUACAGACGGAGAGAAUCAAACUAGGGGAACAUCUCGGGAUGGACAUGAAUGAGAUGACGAAGCCAUGGGGUCUGGAGGUGGACCGCGUGGAGCUGAUCCUGGAGGGUGUGCUCCGGGAACCAGACGGGGGACACUCGGGGCCCUUAAUCAUGCCCCCCUCUGUCCCGGGGCUGGAAGGUCUCACCGGACCUAUACAGCAGCUCGCAAUGCACUUCCUGGGCCAGACGGCUGCGUCUCAAAGCAGUCAAGAUACAGUGAGCUUCGCAGAUGAGCUGCAUUCAGUUUCAGCUGCGAGUGUCAGCAGUGUGGAUGGACUGAUGGAUGUGGUCAGAUCAGUGCUGUCAGAGGAGCUGGUUCAUCAGGUGGGGGCCUGUUACCAAUUUCAGAUCACCAAUGACUCUGGACAGACCAACAACUACUAUGUGGACCUGACACAAGGACGUGGAGCGUGUGGCGUGGGCGUCCUGCCGAGAGAGCCGGAUGUUUCCCUGUGCAUGAGCGAGCAGGAUCUGCUGGCCAUGUUCCAGGGCGGUCUGCGACCGUUCGCCGCAUACAGCAGCGGCAAACUGAGAGUACAGGGAGAUCUGAACACCGCCAUGAAGCUAGAAAAACUCAUCAAACACCUCAAGACGACAUGACAUGAUUUAUAAUGCUUUCAUUUGUAGUGGUUUCAAUCAAAGGCCUUUGUAAAGAAUUUAAGGUUUACACUGUGAAUGUUUAGGGCUUAACUUCAUUCAUUUUAUUGUGAAUGCAUUCAAAGCAUUUCACUUCAUGUUGUGUCAGUGUUGUUUUUGUUGUUUAAUUAUUUAUAAUAGUGUGGUAUUAUGUGACCCAAGCAUUUCAAUUUAUGUUUUUGCACGAUAGAUUGUUGAUUCAAAAUCUAUUUAUGACUGACUUGUCUUGAAAUUAUGAAAUAUAUUUUCUAAUAAAUGUAUAUUGUACUAGU